UUUAGUUGGAGGUGCUUCUGGCCCUUUACGACGUCCUCAAGAUUCAAGCAUGGGUAUCGACAUCGCCAAGCACCACGUCAAGAACGGGCGCCGCACGGCGCCCAAGAGCGAGGACCCUUACCUCCUCCUCCUCGUCAAGCUCUAUCGGUUCCUCGCUCGCCGUACCGACUCGCGCUUCAACCAGGCCGUCCUCCGCAGGCUGUUCAUGUCCAAGAUCAACCGCCCCCCUGUCUCGGUCUCGCGUCUCGUCUACCUGUCGCGCAACCGUGGUGGUGUCUCCAAGGGAUCUGAGGCGCCCAAGACGUGCGUCGUUGUUGGUACCAUCACCGACGACAACCGUCUCCUGGACCUGCCCAAGCUCAGCGUCGCUGCUCUCCGCUUCACUGGCUCGGCCCGCGAGAGGAUCGAGGCCGCUGGCGGCGAGUGCCUGACCCUGGACCAGCUCGCCCUCCGUGCGCCCAAGGGCAGCAACACCAUCCUUCUCCGUGGCCCCAAGAACGCGAGGGAGGCUGUCAAGCACUUUGGCAUGGGCCCUCACAGCCACGCCAAGCCUCACGUUCGCUCGAAGGGACGCAAGUUCGAGCGCGGUCGUGGCCGCAGAAAGUCGCGAGGCUUCAAGGUGUAAAGGAGUUUGUAUCACCCCCUCUUCGCAACUUCCUCCUCUCCUUUAUGUCUUUCCCUCUCGACAUCAUCCGUGCGACAUUUGUCCACUUUCAUCUCCAUCAUCUCAUCUCGCGCUGGACAGACGUGUCCUGGCACACCAAAACUCGACCACCC